AGCCUCGGAGCCGGGGCGGUGACGAUAGCAGCGAGUCCACCAUUGGACGAGCAGCCCUGAGGGACGGGCCAGCCUGGUGAACAAGGAGAUAGUGAGGCGGGUGGCCCCGAGAGAGCGAGGGCAAUGGAGGCCAACAUGCCGAAGCGGAAGGAGCCUGGCAAGUCCCUGCGCAUCAAAGUCAUCUCCAUGGGCAACGCUGAAGUGGGAAAAAGCUGUAUUAUAAAACGAUACUGUGAGAAAAGAUUUGUGUCUAAAUAUCUUGCAACCAUUGGAAUUGACUAUGGAGUCACAAAGGUACAAGUCAGAGACAGAGAAAUCAAAGUUAACAUCUUUGAUAUGGCUGGUCAUCCCUUCUUCUAUGAGGUUCGUAAUGAGUUUUACAAGGAUACACAGGGUGUAAUACUGGUCUAUGAUGUUGGGCAGAAAGAUUCCUUUGACGCCCUUGAUGCGUGGCUGGCAGAGAUGAAGCAGGAUCUUGGACCUCACGGAAACAUGGAAAAUAUUGUAUUUGCAGUGUGUGCCAACAAGAUUGACUGUACCAAGCAUCGCUGUGUAGAUGAAAGUGAAGGGCGUUUGUGGGCCGAAAGCAAAGGCUUCCUGUACUUUGAAACUUCAGCACAGACUGGAGAGGGAAUCAAUGAGAUGUUCCAGACCUUUUAUGUAUCCAUAGUUGACUUAUGUGAAAAUGGAGGGAAACGUCCUAUCACGAAUAGCAAUGCUAGCUUCACCAAAGAACAAGCAGACACCAUUCGCAGAAUUCGAAACAGUAAAGACAGUUGGGACAUGUUGGGAGUCAAACCUGGGGCCUCAAGGGAUGAAGUCAACAAAGCCUAUCGGAAGCUCGCUGUGCUGCUUCACCCCGACAAGUGCGUGGCGCCUGGUAGUGAAGAUGCCUUCAAAGCGGUGGUGAAUGCCCGGACAGCCCUCCUGAAGAACAUCAAAAAUUCAGGUGCCUGUGACCAUUUCAGACAUUUUACAGAGCAGUGAAGACAACCAAGCGCCACUUUUCAUCGAAGAAGAAGACAGCAGAAACAGAAGGAAACGGUAACAAAACCCCCAAAAGUGUGGUGGGACCUCACACGCAAGUCACUUCUUUUACGAGUUCCUUAGUAGGAUUUGAACCAUCGAUCGACCUAUAAUUAAUGAACUCUGGAAGGCCCUUUGGAAGUUGUGAAUCAAGGUAAUACCGUUCCAAAUUGAGCAGUCCUUUGUGGACCUACAUUCUGUCCCCUUCUCCAGCCACCAGGGGGAGAGACAGGCUAGUCCUAGGAGAGAAAAGGCAGUGGCAGCCACGAGUUCUGGAACACUGGCUGUUGCUCGUCUUGCCCCUGGAUCUGAGGCCUUUCUCCAGCCAUGGAAGCAAUGCUGGUAGCAGUAGGGAGCAUCAGGCACCCAGGAAGCAGGAGUCAGGUUCCACAACAGACGUGCUUGCAGGUCACAUGAGAGCUUGUCUACGCAUCCCCGAAGGCAAGGCCAGAGGCAAGGCCCAAGGGCACAGCCAGCCUGGCUUGGACUUGUCUGAUGCCCCUCCGAGAGCCUGUGGAUGAGGCUUCUGCCUUUUCUUGUUUCUGCAUCCUUUGCCACAGGUAGGUGGGAAACGCAGGGGCACGCCUCUACCGCCUGGCCUCUUCACUUACCUCCUUGAGUUCCUUCCUUUUCCUUUUCUCUUCCUUAUUUAUUUAUUUUAUAAAUAUACCACAUCUGUCAUUUUCCUCCUGAUUGUCUGGCUUUUGGCCACUGCCUCUUCCAUCCUCCCUUACGAGGCUUCACCUUACAGUCCUCCCGUACAAGCCCUGGUUGACUGGAGUCAAGUGUGGAUCCUUUGGGUGUUGGUGGAGGGAGAGAUCUUAAGGCCUAUGUGGGAAGAAUUUCUAAUUUUUGCUUGGGCUCCAUAUUUCUAAACAAUAAUAUAUUUACACUCUAGAUUAUGAAAGCUAAUAUAAUGUACAGAAAUCCAUUCUCUUGCCAUAGUCUCCUCCAUAUCCACGGAACGGAUGAAGUAUGUUAGGACUGGCCCUUCCUCCAGAGCUUUCAGAACUGGUCUUGCUGUUUGACCCAUUGUAUUGUGAAUCUCGGUACAUUACUCAUCUUUUAGCUGCAACCACCCUGCAUUAAUUGGGCUUUAAGGUGCAUAAAAUGUGAGUUUCAAGCAGCUAUCCCAUAUUGAUCACCAAAUAGCAUUCACCUACCCAAAAAGAAAAGCCACUUCAGUUUCAUUCCAGCCCUCUGCAGUCUUCUGGCUUCUCCUCUCCAAAGCAGCUUCCCUUUGCGUGUCUGCCCUUGGGCUGCAUUGAGCUUGUUGUCAGGAAACCAGAGCAUUGUUUUCUAGUAUGGCUUUUCAUCUUGGUAAUACUGAAAAUGCUUCUUUUUUAUGAAUUGAGUCUAAUACAUAAUUUUCUGGGGAUUUUCUUCUGGACUUGUAAUUUUAAAUAGCUUCUGGGACUAUAAAACUCCAACCCAAAGUGCUUCUGAAUUUAAAUUUUACUUAAGGCCUUCAUCAUGCCUAAAGUAAUUAAAAUGUGGGUCUAUUCUUGUAAAGGAACUAGAGUCAAAGAAACGAGGGACCGUGCAUGGUAGCGUCAGCCCAAAUUGACAUGACAGCCCACUGAGUGUGUGGCCCUGUAUGGAGCCUGUGCUAGUUUUCAUCACUGUUGCUAAAGACCAGGUUGGUCACCUCAUUCAACUACAUUGUGCAGAUGAACAGUUACAACAGAAUUUGUUAGUGCUUCCAUUCCUAUAUAACGAGUGACUUGUGGAAAUUUAGCCUGAUUUUGGUUCUUAGGUCUUAGAACUCAGUUCCUAACACCUUCAUUAUUAAUGUUAAAGAUGGCCAUGAACUACUUCAUUUAUGUAAAAGAAAGAAAAGAAGAAAGUUAAGCUUCAGGGUCCUGGAAUUUGUCCGAGUGCCAUAAUCCUUGAGUAGAAUAUUAAGGGAUAAUAAAGCAUGAUUUGCAAUGCAAAGUUUUUUGGUACUAAUGUAAUACAAAGCUUUGUAGACCUCUGUGCAUUAAAUUUAUAUUCUCGGUGCAAAUAUGUACUUUGUAGUUCAACUUUAUGAAAUUCCUUCAGCCAGUUAGGAUCUCAAAAUACAUUGGUGAGAUUAACAACUAGCAGAAUCAUUCCAUUGGCUAAAAAUAUUUGAUGGAGAAUCUUGUUUUUCAAGAAAGAAUAAGAAGUUUGAACCGUUCGUAUUAAAGCCAUUGCUUCCAUGUCUGAGUCAUCAAGAACAAGCAGUUUUAAAGCUUGUUAGAAAUCCCUUGAGGUAUUUCUAACUAAUUGCCCAUCCUACCUAAGCACUUUAAAAUACACCGUCCUUUCCCCCCCUGUUCCCCUUUGAGGCUUCUUCUGAACUGAUGUUCUCGCCUGUCAACAGUUCUCCUUCAGCCUCGUCGUCUCGCGUCGCAUCUCCCCACACAUGUGUCCUCGGCUCUGUUAGCCUGGGAACUUCAAAGUCCAGGCCUCAAGCACUGUGCUGCCACCCAGGAAAAGCUGCGGAGAUCCUGUCACUGGCACACUUUUCUUGAGGCUCACAUUUACCUCAGGAAACUCACUCUAGUGUGUUCUCGUGCAUUGAAUUCCCAACUGGUAAAUAAUUUCUUUCGACCCAUAAACCAGUAUCUAAUUCACUGCUAGUUUAAAGAGCCAUAGAUAAGGCAGCUAAAUUUCUGAAAGAAAGCCAGAGUAAGUAAGGAGCCCCCAUCAGCCCUGUAUCAGGACCACACUUCCUCCUGGACGGGUGACAGAAUCUCGAGGGGGAGGGAGGUAGUUGAGGCCCAAGUUAGAAAGGGUGGAUCCGCGCACGGAUUGCCGCUGACAGUGACAGGGACAGCGCCCUUCUCAGAGGCACUUUCCGUGGGCGCUGGCAUGUCACUCCCUUCCCCACCGCACUCCACCUAGCUCACUCAGUCUGCCAACGUUUUUGCAAAACUUUUGGAAAGUGAGUUUAGCUGCACAAGAGAGCUACCCACCUUCCACUGCAAGUUUUGCAAAGUGAAAAAAGGUUCACACUUCUCAUGUUUGGUAUUAGCACAAGUGUAACGUUUGUACAUUGGUUUUUCCAUUAAACGUUUCUAGAGAAGACAAAAGCUUAGAUUUGUGACAUGGGGAAAUUAGAGUGUGUCUAACAAGCAGUGCAAUACUGAGCCGUGCCAAAAAGGCCCUGGUGUGAAGUGGCUUGUCGGCAGGUUGGACGGUCUGGGUUAGCGUCCGGCAUCCUGCGGGGCGAUCGUCCCCUCUGACUGUGAAUGCAGAGUCUCUAACGAUACCCUUCGCUCUUACGAGGUAAUUUGCAUAUUUGCGUUCUGUUGAAAUAACUGAAAAUGUUAAAUCUAACAGUUGUUUAUGUCUUGUAUAGAGAGUGUCAUAUGUAUUUAAGUUGUGUAUUUUUAUAAAAUAAAGCCAAAACUCGAACACUG